AUGAAACUCGUGGGCAUUAGCUUUGCAGAGUUUCAAGCAUGCCAUUUGCUUCUUUGUAUUGCUCUUGCACUGGGUUUUAACCAAGUCUCCACCACCAAUGAAACGGAUAGAUUUGUGCUUCUCCAAUUCAAGGCUAGCAUAAUCAAAGAUCCUUUUGGUGUGCUCAACUCAUGGAAUAAUAGCAUUGGGCUUUGCCAGUGGUGUUAUCCCCUCAAAUUUUGUGAAUCUUCAAAACUUGAGGAUUCUACAGAUUCCCAGUCGCUUGAUCUACUUGACCUGUCUAAUAACAAUCUCAGUGGUGUCAUACCCCCACAGCUUAUCCGUCACUUGUCGUUAGCCAUCAUUCUGGACUUGUCUCAAAAUCAUCUGACUGGAGUUUUACCCACAGAAGUUGGCAACUUGGGAAAUUUGACUGUGUUGGACAUCUCUGACAAUUUGUUGGUAGGUGAAAUCCCAAGUAGUUUAGGCGAUUGCAUUGCAUUGACAUCAUUGAGGAUGGGAGGCAACUUCUUCCAUGGGUCGAUUCCACAAUCAAUUAGAUUAUUAGGAGGCAUUGAAGAACUAGAUCUUUCAUGCAACAAUUUAUCAGGACAAAUUCCAGAAUUCUUAGCGAUAUUUCAUUCCUUAAAGCUUCUAAAUUUGUCACACAAUAAGUUUGAAGGCAUGCUUCCACGUGAAGGACUCUUUAAGAAUGCUACCGCUACUUCUAUUGUUGGGAACAAUGAGCUUUGUGGUGGCAUGCCAGAAUUUCACCUCCCCAACUGCAUUUCCAAAAGCUUCAAGAGCACAAGGAUCAAUAUAAUAAUAUUUUUCGCUUUUGUUAUUCCGGGAGUUCUUGGGAUGGCUCUAAAUGCAGCUCUUAUAUAUCUUUUUCGCGUGAAGAAGAAUGUAAAUGUACCAUUUCCAAGUUCCUAUGAUGAUUUAUAUCCGAAAUUAUCUUAUGAAACACUCUUAAAAGCAACGAGGGGUUUUUCUUCGACGAAUUUGAUCGGUUUUGGAAGCUAUGGUUCUGUUUACAAAGGGAUACUUCAGGAUAAUGGAACAUUUGUUGCCGUGAAGGUACUUCAUUUAGCCCGUCAAGGUGCUUUGAAUAGCUUGAUGGUCGAGUGUACAGCAUCAAAAACAUCAAACACCGAAAUAUUUUGA